UCCCGCCACCUUUCAGUCAGGCUCCGGUACACAAACAGACGGCGAACCGAACGGCCGUUAAGUCAUAGAGCAGGUGAUAUUGACCGUGACCGUGACUCUACAACAGUCGGUGUCUCUUGAAUGCAUCAUAAUAACUGCAGGACUGCUGCAAUUUACAAGCAUUUCAUUGCAGGACAGGCCCGGGAAGCUAGCCGAGUGAAACCGAGUCGAGCCGAGUUCACUGUCGUGUAUUAGCAGACUCAUCUGAGGUGAAGCUUUGAGUUCCGUUUGUGUCAGUGAUGGACUUCCUCGCGGGCUGCAUCGGAGGUGCCGCCGGCGUCCUCGUUGGGCAUCCGUUUGAUACGGUUAAGGUUCGUCUUCAGGUUCAGAGUGUAGAUAAACCGCUUUACAGAGGCACAUAUCACUGUUUCCAGUCCAUAAUACGACAAGAGACUACGUUUGGUCUUUACAAAGGCAUCGGGUCGCCCAUGAUGGGCUUGACGUUCAUCAACGCCAUCGUCUUCGGUGUGCAGGGCAACGCCAUGCGCUGGUUGGACGAGGACACGCCCCUGAAUCAGUUCCUGGCCGGCGCGGCGGCCGGCACCAUACAAUGCGUCAUCUGCUGCCCCAUGGAGCUGGCCAAGACCCGCAUGCAGUUGCAGGGCACCGGCGAGAAGAAGUCGUCGACUCGGAAGCUGUACAAGAACUCUCUGGACUGCCUGGCUCGCAUCUACCAGCGCGAGGGUCUGCGCGGGGUCAACCGUGGCAUGGUCACCACCCUGAUCCGAGAGACGCCCGGCUUCGGCGUCUACUUCCUGACAUACGACCUGCUGACUCGCUCGCUGGGCUGGGAGCCGGAUGAUCCGUAUAUGAUUCCCAAACUGCUGUUUGCUGGCGGUAUGUCUGGAAUCGCGUCGUGGCUAUCUACUUACCCCGUGGACGUGAUCAAGUCCCGCCUCCAGGCCGACGGGGUUGGCGGGAAGUUCCAGUACAGUGGUAUCAUGGACUGCACGCGGAAGAGCAUCAAGCGAGAAGGUUGGAGGGUUUUCACACGUGGACUGACCUCCACUCUGCUCCGGGCGUUUCCCGUCAACGCCGCCACGUUCGCCACCGUCACCCUCUUCCUCAUGUACGUGCGACCCGAUGAGGGUCGUAAAGACUGUGAACCGGCUCCCGCCCAUCACGCCGCGCUACAGCAGCAAACGCAUCCAUCCAGUUUGUGAGUCACUCUCUCUAUGCGGCUGACGGAAGGAACUAGUUUGACGGCUGACCGGUUACCAAACAGAAUUGCACAACUUUUCCUUCUGUAAACAUGUACUUUCAGUUGAUCUCCAAGAACUGCUGCGGUUGUAAAUAUUUAUUUUUUUAUAUGCUAUAAUAUUUAACAACAAGAAAAAAGAGAUAAGUGUUUCCUUUUUCUGCCUUAUAAGAACAGCAUACGAAUGCGACUUGUGAAAGUAAGAUUGUUGAUGAAAUGGACAGCUGUAUACGGCACCUUUUGUUUUUACACGGCAGAACUAGAAAACUCGUCUGUUGGCUUUGCCGACAUGUGCUGCGCUAAAUAGAUGCAAAGUAAUCUCUAAAAAAACUACUCUGGUGAGAGAUGAUGUCAUGUUUCAUUUUCAACACUAAAAACGAUGAGGUGUAGACAAUACAAACAUAUUAAACUGAAUCUGUCGGAAAUUAAACAUGAUCUCUACCCCAAAAGAAGUCCUGAUCUACCUUUGUUAUAAUAUUCUGAGCUGUGAAUCUCGUAGUCUGAGAGGCUUCAUCAAAUUUGUGAAAAUAUUAAUGUUGUUUUGAUCGUUUGUCCAAAGGUUACACUUCUUAAUCCGUGCAAUAGACAUAGUCUUCCAAACGGUUAUCGUUGUCUACUCGGCCGUGAGAAAAUCUCAUUCAAGUAUUUUAACUUAAAUCAGUUUUUUGGAAGCGUGCAGCUCACCUUAUGCUGUUUUAAAAAAACAAGGUGUCCUGCACUCAAUUCUGUUACGUGUGUGUGAGUGAGUUACACAUGGCGGGUGUGUUCGCCCGGAGAAACGACAGCAACAUUGGCUUGGUUUUGUUUUUUAAAACAUCGAGAUGCCAGUUGUGUGACGUUGGAUUUUCACAGGAACUGUAUCAGUUGUGUUAUUAGAAUUGAAACGGCCUGCUGCAUUUCUCGUGUUACAUCUCUUGAUGAACUGAUGCAUGUGAUGUGUCAGUCAUGCUGGAAAAUCGGGAAAUAUUUUAUGUUUGUAUAUAUCCUGGCUUGAGAUUUUUUUUCUUGCAUAUAGAAAUUUGUGUAAAUAAGUUUGUGGCAUAUAUUCGUUGUCAGAGUGCUGAAUGUACAAGACAAAAUGCACCUUGAGUAGGGCUGUCAAACAAUCAAUCGCAUCCAGAAUAAAAGUUAGUGUUUACGUAAUAUAUGUCUGUGUACUGUGCAUAUUAAUUUUGUAUUUAUAAACACAAAAACAUACAGGCAUAUAUUGCAUGUUUAGGAAAUAUUUACAUGUAUUUAUUUAAAUUUACCAAUAAUUGGAACUAUAGACAUAUAAAUGUUUAUACACAUUUAGAUUUGAUAUUUUUCUUAAUUGUAUGCAUGUAUGUGUUUAUAGAUACAAAAUGAAUAUGCACACCUCACAGACAUGUAUUAUGUUAACACAAACUUUUAUUUUGGAUGCGAUUUAUCGCGAUUAGUCGUUUGACAGCCCUAAUCUUGAGAAGGAAUCAUAGGCAUUUUAAAGAAAUGUUUUGCUGUUUUUUGUGUGUUCUAAUGUAGAUAAUCUUGUAUUCUAAAUGGAAGUUUAGACGCUUUGCAUGCUGUCUGUGAAGAAUGUAAAUAAAGCGGAUCAGCUGUGUUUUAUGGAGUUAAAUCGGUUGCAAUAGUGCUUUUAAUAGCUUGGGGCAUUUUAAUGUUUGUGGUUACUGCUAAUGCCUAGGAGACAGAAGAACGUUGAGUCUCUCCUAUUUUUGUAAGAAAAUCUCCGUUCAGCCUGGCUCCCAUUUGUUGUUGGCCUCAACCGAUUUACAAAUUGCUUGUGGUCAACUUGAAUGAAAUGGGAAAAUAAAUAUGGGAUAAAUUAA